GUCUCAUUAUGGGGGGGAGGGGAGGGGUGUUGGUGCAGCCCGGCCUCCACCCUGCAGCUUAAGGAAGAGUUCUCAUUUUGCUUCUUUUUACCCCAAAACUGCAGUUUUCCAGCUCGCUGACCCCCCCAUAAAUAAAACAGAGGCGGCCGAUGGCGGAGGAGCCCGUAGUGGCGGUGUAUUGCACCGGGGUGUCGGCGCAGGUGCAGCGGCAGCGAGCCAAGGCGCUGGGUUUGGGUCAGCACCAGAACGCGCUGCGGUUCCGAGGGCAGGACUACGCGGCGCUGCGGGAUCGGUGCCUGCAGGACGGGACCCUCUUCAGGGAUGAGACCUUCCCUCCUUCGGCCUCGUCUUUGGGCUUUAAGGAACUCGGACCCGGCUCUUCUAAAACACGAGGGGUGACGUGGAAGAGGCCGACGGAGCUGUGUCGACACCCUCAGUUCAUCGUGGAUGGAGCCACACGCACCGACAUCUGCCAGGGGGCGCUGGGUGACUGUUGGUUGCUGGCUGCCAUCGCAUCCCUGACCCUGAAUGAGACCAUCCUGCACCGCGUGGUGCCCCACGGGCAGAGCUUCCAGAACGGCUACGCCGGGAUCUUCCACUUCCAGAUCUGGCAGUUUGGUGAGUGGGAGGACGUGGUGGUGGACGAUUACCUGCCCACCAAGGACGGCAAACUGCUCUUCGUCCACUCCGCAGAGGGCACCGAGUUCUGGAGCGCUUUGCUGGAGAAAGCCUACGCCAAGGUGAACGGCUGCUAUGAAGCUCUGUCGGGCGGCAGCACCACUGAAGGCUUUGAGGAUUUCACUGGGGGGGUGACGGAGUGGUACGACCUGCGGAAACCCCCCCCGGAUCUCUACCAGAUCAUCCUGAAGGCGUUGGACAGGGGAUCCCUCCUGGGCUGCUCCAUCGAUAUAACGAGCGCCUUCGACAUGGAGGCGGUGACCUUCAAGAAGCUGGUGAAGGGCCAUGCCUAUUCAGUGACCGGAGCCAAGCAGAUCAGCUACCGUGGGCAGUCGCUGGGGCUGAUCCGUAUGCGCAACCCGUGGGGAGAAGUGGAGUGGACUGGAGCCUGGAGCGAUAACUCGUCUGAAUGGAACGCGGUGGAGCCGGCGUUGAGGCAGCAGCUGAUGGUGAGAAUGGAGGAUGGCGAGUUCUGGAUGUCAUUCCGGGAUUUCCUUCGGGAAUUCACCCGCCUGGAGAUCUGUAACCUCACCCCCGACGCGCUGCAGUCCCACAAGUUCCGCAAGUGGAACACCAAGCUCUACGACGGCUCCUGGCGGCGCGGCAGCACGGCCGGCGGCUGCAGGAACUACCCGGCCACCUUUUGGAUCAACCCUCAGUUCAAGAUCUGCCUGGAGGAGGUUGACGAUGACGACGAUGUUGGUGGCCGUGAGCCGGGCUGCAGCUUCCUGCUGGCCCUCAUGCAGAAGCACCGACGGCGGGAGCGCCGCUACGGGAAGGACAUGGAGACCAUCGGCUUCGCUGUCUACGAGGUUCCCCCCGAGGUCUGUACACCCCCACCCAAACCCCUCCUCCCCUUCCCAUUUCCUUUUCCUUUUGCCCAAAACUGCCCUUUUUUCCCCCAGAAAGUGCUGUCCGAAGGCGAAAUCGAUGACAACUUCAAGCAGCUCUUCAAGCAGCUGGCGGGGCCGGACAUGGAGAUCAGCGUCACGGAGCUGCAGACGAUCCUGAACCGCAUCAUCGCUAAACAUAAAGACCUUCGGACCAAAGGGUUCAGCCUGGAGUCGUGUCGCUGUAUGGUCAACCUGAUGGACAAAGAUGGGAACGGGAAGUUGGGGCUGGUGGAGUUCAAUGUCCUGUGGAACAGGAUCCGCAAUUACCUGUCCCUUUUUCGCAAAUACGACCUGGAUAAAUCCGGCAGCAUCAGCGCCUACGAGAUGCGGAUGGCUCUGGAAGCAUCAGGCUAUAAAUUGACCCAAAAGCUGCACCAGCUGCUCAUCACUCGUUACGCUGAGCCCGACUUGGCCAUCGACUUCGACUCCUUCGUCUGCUGCCUCGUCCGCCUCGAGACCAUGUUCCGCUUCUUCCAGGCCAUGGAUGGGGACAAAGAUGGCGUCGUCACCUUCACCUUGCUGCAGUGGCUUCAGCUCACCAUGUUCGCCUGAGCCUCCCAUAGGACAACACUGACCCCAAAGCAGGGCCUGACCCCAAAGCAAAGCAAGGCCUGACCCCAAAGCAGGGCCUGACCCCAAAGCAGGACCUGACCCCAAAGCACCGCAACCCCACAGCCGCAUUUUGGGUCAAAUCCACGCGAUUUCCGUCACCUCAGCAGGGUUUUGCUUUUGGGAUGGCAGCGAAUCAGGGAUCUCCUGCCUGGUGCCCUUAUUUUUCUACCCCAAAAACCCCAGAGAAACCCCAAAGUGCCCGUUAACCCCAAACCUCUGCCCUAUUUCCCCCUUUUAACCCCA